AUGCUGUACAUUCUUGUUAAACGUGGUAAGGACGCAUACUAUAUCCUCGUAGAUCCUUCUGGGAAGGUGGGGGACAUUUGCAGAAUACUAGGACGUCUAAUUGGAAACGACCCCCAAGAUAUCCAACUAUUCCUGAACAAUCAGCCAUUAGACGCAGAUUACGGAAUAUUUGACCUUGCCAUGGACGAGCGUUCGUCCGUCACAUAUAAACUGAGAACCGUUGUCGGCCACGAUGCAGAAAUGCAGCCCGUGUAUGAAUAUGUUUAG